AUGGCUACCAUCAAUAUUCGUCGGGAUGUUACCGAUCCCUUCUACCGCUACAAGAUGGAGCGCCUGCAGUCCAAGAUUGAAGGAAAAGGCAAUGGCAUAAAGACCGUGGUUGCCAACCUUCCUAGCGUCUCGGCCUCCCUGGCCCGUCCUCCUGCCUACAUCAUCAAGUACUUUGGUUUCGAGCUUGGUGCCCAGACCAACACCAAUCCAAAGGAUGAUCGUUGGAUCAUCAACGGGGCUCACGAGGCCGGCAAGUUACAAGACUCGUUGGAUGGCUUCAUAUCCAGGUUCGUCCUCUGCAAGUCAUGCAAGAACCCUGAGACCGAGAUCAACAUCAAGGACGGACGUAUCCUGUUGGACUGCAAAGCCUGUGGUCAACGCACCCAGGUUGACAUACGCCACAAAUUGAGUGGAUUUAUUCUCAAAAACGAACCAAAAGGUGGAAAGAAAGGCGGAAAGAAGGAAAAGAUGUCUCGUCGCGACCGAGCCAAGGUCGAGGCACAGGAGAACGGCUCCAUGAACGGUGGUAGUCCCAACGACUCCAACUCCGACAAGGGCGACGUCGAUGAAGGAGACGUGGAGCUCGCAGCCGGCAGCGACGACGAGUUCACGAAACAGAUCAAUGCUGACGCGAAGGGCAUCGAGGCCCACACCAACGGGGAGCCCAAGGAUGAGGAGUGGGCCGUCGACACCUCCGCUGAAGCCGUGGCUGCUCGUGCCAAAGAACUUCCGACCGAGUUGAAGCGUUCCCUUGCAUUUGACGAAGAGGAAGAAGGCGAGGAGAAUGGUGUCAACGCGUACGAUCAACUCGGAUCCUGGGUCAUUGACGAAGCGAAAGCCAUGGGCUCGGUCAGCAAGCUGGAUGAUCUCGAGAUCUACAAGAAGGCCAAAGAAUUGGGUAUCGAAAACAAGCACAAGACUCUCACGGUUCUCGCCCAGACGAUCUUCGACGAGAACAUUGUCAAACAGAUCCCCCAGCGCGCCAGCAUGCUCAAGACCAUGAUUGGCGACUCCGAGAAGCACAUGAAGGCUUUCCUCGGCGGCACUGAGCGUUUCGUCGGCAAUGACCACCCAGCUUUGAUCCCUCAGGUGCCGGCUAUCCUGCUAGGCUACUAUCAAAAUGACCUCCUGAGCGAAGAGGUCGCCAAAGCUUGGGGUCAGAAGGCCAGCAAGAAAUACGUCGAUAUCAGCACCAGCCGCAAGGUCCGUCAAGCUGCUGAGAAGUUCUUGCAGUGGCUCGAUGAAGCCGAGAGCGAUGAAGAGAGCGACGAGGAGUAA